CUGGUAUUUUAAUAUCCUUAAUCCGGUGUUUUCCACAGGGCCUUGUUCACCUAUGAGGGAAACAGUAAUGAUAUCCGCCUGGCAGAGAAAGGAGAUGGAGGACUGGAGGAGUUGGUUGAGGAGUUGAACAGUGGAAAAAUUAUGUACGCUUUCUGCCGGGUCCUGGAUCCAAAUUCUGGCCUCCCUAAAUAUGUCCUCAUCAACUGGACUGGGGAAGGAGUAAAGGACGCGAGGAAAGGGCAAUGUGCACAUCACGUCAGCUCCAUGGCUACUUUCCUCAGGGGAGCCCAUGUAACUAUAAAUGCCAGAGCAGAGGAUGACGUGGAGCCCGAGGUGAUCAUGGAAAAGGUGGCCAAAGCUUCAGGAGCGAACUACAGCUUCCACAAAGAAGCCCCCAGCCGCUUCCAGGACAGCGGCCCUCAGGGUCCCGUGGGCUCAGUGUACCAGAAGACCAACGCCAUGUCUGAAAUUAAAAGGACCAACAAAGACAACUUCUGGGCUCAGACAGAGAAAGACGAGGAGAAACGACGCAAGGAGGAGCGAGCCAAAGCAGACGAUGAGCGCCAGCACCUGGAGAAAGAGAGGAAGGACCGAGAGGCCAAAGAGGCAGGGCAGAGGGAGAAGAGGGACAAGGAGAAGGCGUCUCAAAUCGACGAACAAAAGAAGUACCAGCAGAAGCAGGAUUCAACCACUAAAGAGCAGGAGAAACAACGCUAUGAGGAGGAGAACCAGGCAGCCCAGAAGAAGGGAAUCAAGAGAGGUGAAUCUGUGGAAAAGGCCAACGAGGCGGCUUCUCUCAUCUCUCAGCGCGCUUCAAACCCAAGAGAGAUGUUCAAGCAGAGAGAGAGAGGAAUAACUCCCAGUGACUCUGACGUCCCCUCUGUUCGCCCCGUCAGCCCCCAGCCAGGGCGUCUGCAAAGCCCUUUCCUGGCUAAGCCGGGGUAUGAAGCUGAACGAGCCGAAUCCCCUCAGCGCCAAGCUUCUCCUCUGCCAGCCGGCUCCGCCUCUCCUGUCCGUGCCACAGAGCCUGAUGUGGAUGACGGACAGUCCAGGUGUGAGUAUGAGGAGCAGCAGGAGGAGCAGGAGGAGGCUCCUCUGCCGCAGGAGCAGGUUGAAGAGGAGGCACCAGCUGCCCACAUCCAGGUGGCUCCUAAAGAGCCUGCUCAGCCCGAGGUGGAGGAGAACAACGUCGAGGAGGUGACUCCUGAUGAGACGCCGGACAAAGGCGCCUGUGCCAGAGCCCUGUAUGACUACCAGGCUGCUGACGACACAGAGAUCUCAUUCGAUCCCGACGAUAUCCUCACCGGCAUCGAGAUGAUAGACGAGGGCUGGUGGCGGGGCUACAGCCCAAACGGCCAUUUUGGAAUGUUCCCAGCCAAUUACGUGGAGAUGAUGUAGCCCCGCCCCCAACCCCACCUCAACAUCAUCACACUGGCAGCUCCCGGAGGACCUCUGCAGGAAAACAACACGCUGCACACUCUACUCCCAUUGAGCUGAUCAGGAUGAAAACGGAGCGUCGUGGACCAAUGAAACGUGAUCGUGGGCCAGAAGCUUUCUAAAUCCCUCCUCUUUUCAAGAAAGCAAUUCCAUUAAAUUGUUGAUGUUGUGAGCGACUGAUGGCAUAGUUUAGGGAUUUGUGAAGACCAAUACUCCCUCCCUGUCCACCCUAAAUUCCAUUUCCUUUCCUUUACAUGUGAUGCAGUACAUUAUCAGCCUUUUGUUAAGUCUUAAAUUUAGCACUUGUCGUUCACAUUCCUUACAAAGUGACUUCAGUUUCUUUUCAGGUAUACUUUUUUCGCUACUUGUAGCAAAUGCUCCUGUGCAUUUCAGGAAAAACAAAGAUGGCGGUACCAGCUGCAGUGUAAUUUUUUGCCUUGUUUUUUGCCUUUCUUUACCAGCAGACUGAACUUUUUUUUUCGUGAUUUAUCCUGUGUGAAUUUCAAACCAUGUUUUAGUACUGGUCUCACUGUGGUUGAAGUGAAUAUUUAGAACAAAAAAAAUCCCGAUGUUUGCUGUGCUCUGGAUGGAUUUAGUUGGGAAUGCAUAAAACAAUUCAGUUCCCUUUAACUGUGAGUGUAUAACGGUUGUUUCCAUUUCAUGUCCGUCUUCAUCUGAACCAGAGUAUUUCAACAUAUUUAACGUUUCAGGGACAAGCUGAAGAGAAGAAAUCAUGUGUCACCAUUAUUUUACUUUGUUUAGAUCUCGCUGGUCUGAGGUUGAGUGCAUAACAGAGAUAUUGUUAUGGUGCCAUAAUGACGGGAAAGUAACAUUUUAAUUGAAAUCGUGCGAGUUCCCUGUUUUAUCAUGGAAUAAAUAAGUGGCCCUUUGAAGCUUUGAGGGAAAACACUUAUUGAUAAACAGAAAAGGGCAUCAUGUAUCCAUUAUUGUUUCAGAGUAUAUUGUAAUGCAAAGACAUUCUUCAUAAUAAAAUAAAUAAUCAAAACCAC